AUGUUACUGGCUGAGACCCUUCCGACAGUGAAUUGUGACCUGUCCUUGAUGGGGCUGCUGUCUGAUCAUCACAAGAGUGAUCACCGUUAUGGCAGGCUAGUGGGAGUCACCUCCUUCCCUGAAUGGGAGGAUCAUAUAUUGAAUUAUCCAUCAGUGUUGCAGGACCCUGGGCAGCAGAUUGCAUUCAUUGCCAAAAUGGAGCAAAGAAAGCCAAGUGACAGCACUACAAUUGGGAAAGUAGCAGCUCAUGUCCCCGAUCUCAUCGUAUAUGGCGAUUUCUCCCAGGAGGUGCCUUUCAUUGAGAGUUUUGAUGGAGUAUUGCUUUUUGCAGACAUUUCAGGUUUUACUGCACUGACGGAGAAGUUUAGCAUGGACACCAGUCUGAACUGUGGUGCUGAGCAGCUAACGCAGACCCUCAAUCAUUAUGUAGGGGAUAUUGUGGAAGAGGUGCUGAUUUAUGGAGGCGAUAUCUUGAACUUUGCAGGGGAUUCACUGCUAGCACUGUGGAAAGUGCAACGAAGCCAGCUGAGCGAUAUCAUUACACUGGCGCUGAAAUGUAGCCUGAGGAUCCAGAAAGAGUAUGGGGUUCGUGAAACUGAAGUGGGUCUGAAGCUCCGAGUGAAGAUAGGGCUAUCUGCAGGUCACAUCUCCAAAGUUGUUGUUGGAGACAAUAAGCACCAAUAUUUUCUGUUAAUUGGCCGAGCAGUGGAUGAAGUUCGGUUGGCCCAAAACCUAGCAAAAGCAAGCGAGGUUAUUCUAUUGCCGAACUGCUGGGAACUCUGUAACAGGAGCAUGAUAGAAAUAGAAACAAUUAAAGAUCAAAGAUCUGUUAAGGCUAGAUACAUAAAGAACAUCUCUGAGAUUGAGUUCAAUGAGUUCUUCUGGAAAUGUACUGAAUACCUACAGCACUACCCCAUGGGUGAAAGUAACAGUAUCCUCAGAGCAACCUCCACAUUGUCUCCUAAUGAUGAGCUGGAGAAGUCCCUCCGGAAGUAUGUGAUGAGAAACAUUCUGGAGAAGAUUGACGACAAUCAACCUCUAGAAUAUUUAUCUGAGCUUCGGCCGGUCACAAUUGUCUUUGUGAACCUGCAGUUUGACAAAAGCGCCAAUACCUUGCAUCUGUGCAAGGCUAUCCACGAUGCCAAUGUGAAGAUCUCAAACAUCAUCCACGUCUUCAGCGGCAAAAUCAACAAAGUCUUUAUGUUUGACAAAAGCUGCACAUUCCUGUGUGUGUUCGGGCUCCCUGGGGAUAAGCAGGCUGACGAGAGCACCCACGCCUUGGACAGCGCAUUUAAAAUCUUCAACUUCUGUUCUGAGAUGCUCAUGAAAAUAAAGCUAGUUUCCAUCGUGGUUACCAGCGGGCCAGUGUUCUGCGGAGUAGUUGGCCAUCAUGUAAGGCACGAAUACACAGUCAUUGGCCAGAAGGUGAAUCUCGCUGCCCGGAUGAUGAUGUAUUAUCCGGGGUUAGUGUCCUGUGAUGCAGUGACCUAUGCCAACUCCAGGCUGCCUCAUUACUUCUUUGAAGAGCUCCCCCGGACUGAGAUGAAAGGAGUUGUGAAUCCCGGCGUGGUCUAUCAUUAUCUUGGCAUCAGUGAGAAACCAAUGAUUGGCCAAGCGCAGCUCACCAAGGAGAGGUCUGAGUCUUACCACUUACUGGGUCGGGAAAAAGAGCUUGAAAUCUAUGACACUUUAUUGAAAGGAUUUGUGAGGUCUACAGAAGGCCGCGUCAUAAUGUAUGAAGGCCUUAUGGGCUAUGGAAAGAGACAGUUACUUGCUGAAAUUGCCUACUUAGGCCAGGAGGCUGGCCACAAGGAAGUGGUUGUUGCUAUGGAGCUGACGAAGGUAAAUGUGCAGCAGAAUUUUUUUGUCAUCCGGACACUCAUGGCCAUGUUUCUGGGGAUUGAGGCCUGUAAAUCUUACGCUGAAAGACAGAACAUCCUCCAAGGCAAACUCCGAGGUGUGGUAGAAGAGUCCUACUAUUGCCUCCUGAAUAACAUCUUUCUUGUUAAGUUUCCCACCUCUGCCGAGGUUUCCAAAAUGGAUCAUGAAACAAGGACCGAGGAGAUGGAACUAUUUCUUGUGAAAAUACUACAGAAGGUAGUGGAGAAAAACAUUCUCAUUUUUGUCAUAGAUGAAGCCCACUUCAUUGAUCCUGCAUCAUGGGAAUUUCUGGACAAUUUGCUCUCCAGCAUCCCUGUGUUUAUGGUCAUGUCUCUAUCUCCUCCCGGCCGCCAAGCACGGCCGCCUUGUGUCUCUGCUGCAAACAUCAUUAACAGCACAAAGACCACCUACGUUCAGCUGCGGGAGCUAAAACCCUCUGUGAUCCUGCAAAAAGCCUGCCAGGACCUUGGGGUGGUCAGCAUCUCCCGGGAACUAGAAAUGGGGCAGGUGAUGACUUACCCACCCAUCUAUCUUCAUUAUUCCAGCCAGCUGAACACAGCUGCCACCAAUGCCAUCAAGGUCAUCCCCUCCAAAAUGGAAUCGCUUUCCAGCUCAGACAAUGAAUUGUACAUUUGCACCAUUCGCCAGAAUGUUACGUUGCAAAAUAUUAUGCUGCUCCCUACCUUAAAAGGCAUCGCACUGGCUGAGUUAGACAACAUGAGCUCUUCGGAGCAGCUGGUAGUGAAAUGUGCGGCUAUCAUCGGGCUGACUUUCACGACUGAGCUGCUGCUCCACAUCCUUCCCGAAUGGACCAAGAGGAAGAUGAAUCAGACGCUUGCAGCCCUGGUGGAUUCCCACAUCUUCAAGAGAUUUAAUAAAAGAAAGGACUCCCAGAAAGCACAAUCACAGGAUAUGCCCUCCACAGAGUUACUUGUUUGCCCCGGGACAGUGAGACCAAUUGGACAAGACUCAGAUAUCCGCUCUUCUGUUUAUAAUCGAAUCAAGCAAGAGCAGCUGGUGAUACAAUGCGGCGUCAUGGCGUUUUGCAUGCCAAUGCUGCAGGAAGCGGCCUACGAGUGCUGGCUGAAGAGCCAGAAGAAAGCCUUACAUCUCAAGUGUGUGAGCUAUCUAGAAGGGCAGGCUCACAAAUGCAGACGCUGCGGAGAAGGGGACUUCAUUUCAUUUCACCGCCACACCGUGGAAAUGAUGCUGGAGAGCAUCGAGUCUCAGGAAAACAUUUCUGAGCAGUACAAGGAAUACCCAUUCAGCGAAGCAGCCUCACUGAUCAUUUGCACAACCCUGAAAAGACUUCAGGGUCCUUCAUUUGAAGGGAUGGAGAGAAAAGCUGUGACAGCCGAGGCUUCCCUAACCAGCACAUGCUCCCCUGAAAGUGUCCAGAGGACAAGUGAAGGUGCACCCUUGACUAGGAUCUCUGUGUCCAGGCAACCAUCUCCUGAAAUUGUCAUGAUCCCCAAUGCCAGUAAAGAUUCUUCUCUAUACAUCACUACCUCUACUUUCUCCAAGAAGUUAGAGUUAUUACUUCCACAAGACAUUGAGAAAGAGACUGUAAAGGCACUAAAGAAACACAAGAUGUUACCAGAGGAAAAUCUUAAGUACGGGAACAAGGUCUUCAUUCACCAGACCACUUUACAAAGAAAUAGAUUCCUAGGGGCUCCAGAGGUUGAGAGUGGAAUAUAUGCGUUUGGCUGCUACCUGUGGGGGAAGACAUUACCUGAUGGGGGGCAAGAUACCCAUGGAGACUGGGAGUUUGGAGGAGCUGAAGAGAUAGAGAAGGAGUUUCUGGAAAGGCUGGACGAGAUCAUUCAGCAGUCUGACAGGGAUUGGGAGAAGAUCAAGCACUUGGGAUCCUGCGAAUGUGAAGAGAUCGUGGAGGCUGUCUUUGUGCCCCUGGCCCGGCACUGCAUGGCGAUGGGAGAAUACGCCAGAGGCUUGUAUUACUUGUUGGAGUGUGCAGCGGCUUACUUACAUCUGUCAAACAACUACAUGGCCUUUUGCAAUUUGAAUACAGCAGAGAAUCUGAUCAAAUCGGUGGACUUCAGAGCAACUGUAAUUAACCAGUUUGAGGAAGCUACCUUCUACAGCCUGAAGGGUGAGACUCUGAUGGAAGUGUCAAAGCACACGUCUCACCAGAAGAAGCAGCAAUUCUUGUAUAGUCGCAGUAAAGGGGAGAAGAAAUUAGCUUUCCUGUACCAGCAGGGCCACUGCCUUUCCUUAUUGUGGCAACUUUUCAGCCUGGACACUGCUACAAACAGCAAGAAGUUCUGUCACCUGGCAGCACUCAUGAAGGUGAACUCAGCAGAGGAAUCAGAGGAUGAGAGCCAGAUCAUUUCAUCCUAUACGGAAUUCUCACUCUGCUGCCAGAUGAUGGGUAACCAAGAUGAAUGGAUGAAAUAUGAGCUGAUGGCCAUCCAGCGUAGCUCUCACCUCCGGGUUUUCGGAGGAGGGCUAUUAACAAUAGUUAAAUUAGUACAAUCAUUGGCCUAUAUGAAACUCUGCUUGGGUAACCUGCCCUUAUCUAUUCAAUUAGGCUAUCGAGCCCAUGAAAUGUGUGUGCGUCUGAAGAAACCAAAGCUGGACUAUCUGGUUCUCUGCAUGCUCUUCAAAGCUCUCUUUCUGAGCAUCAGGUACCAAGAUUGUGUGCAAGUACUGAGCUGGCUGGAGCAGUUGGCUGUUGUGGAGGAGACAAUCAUUGGGAUGGCUUGUUUCUUUUCUUACUGUUUAGAACUCUUGCUUUAUGCUGGUAAGUACUUGGUAAUGAGGACAACAGAUAAAGGCGUGCUUUGCAAAGACACUCCUGGACAGGGACGGUUGCCAUGUCAACACUGCCAGAAAACGGUGGCGCCAUUCUGGCAUCUCGUUUGUGGUUAA